UCAUACUGAAAAGAAGGAAAAACAGCCAAGUUGAUAAACAAACAAACAAAUAACUGUCAAAUCUCCGAGAUCACCUUUGAACGUCACUAGUCGUCAGAUCUCUUGUUUGUUAUCACUUUGGAGAGUGAUUGCAAGAGACCUGAUUCACCUUCAAAAAAGUUGAUUAGCCAAGCAGUCGUCUAGGACGACUGAAACCACACUGGCAUUCUGUCCCUGUAUGGCCACCGCGGAUGACGACCAUCCUUUGAGGCCGCCUCGUUGGUACAAGGAAUUUAGGCGAUCGGUGCGCCGCAAUGAGGAAGAGGCGGUCCAACAAUGGCGGACUGUGCUGGACCAAGAGAAAAGAAUCGAAGUUGUUUGGACGGCUGCAAAAAGUAUCCAUUUGGAUGUGCUCGAGUGGUCGCUGCUAAAAGAGAACGGACGAACCGGAAGACGCUGGAUCGACGCCAACGAUUUGCGGGACGAAUCGGGACUGUGUCUCCUUCACGACAUUGGCUCCAAUGUGUACGCCACGGUCCACAAAAUGUUGGCCGCCUUUCAGUUGCUGGUGCAGCGAGUCGGAUGCAGAGUCGACGUCCAGGAUCCAGACGGAAGGACCGUGCUCCAUUGCGUUUGCGGAUCUCACGUCAAACGCAAUCGACGCGGACGGCAAGUUUACAUUCGACUUUUGAAGCUGCUUGUGGACGCGGGAGCCGAUGUCAAUGUCCAGUUCCAGGGAAUCACGCCUCUUCAUUUGCUGCACGAAUCGCCCUGGGCCAUGAGAUAUUUGCUGUUGAACACCGCCGCCCUUGCCGAUGUUCAAGACAAUUUCCUGCGCACACCCCUUCUGUGGAGUUUGCGCAAUCCUCACCUGCCAGUCGUCCGGCGCAUUCCCGUUUCCAUCUUCCGUGGACGGAUGAGCUUCACGCAGUCCGAUUACAUGGGCCAUUCUCUCAUCCACUACGCCGUUCUGCGGGCCCAAUCCGAUAAACUGGAGGACACGGUCAGGCUGAUCGCGCGGCUCGUCGACGCCGGCGCCGACGUCAAUCACCAAAAUCGCCGUCUCCGCACGCCCAUUUUUUUCCUCGUUCACAAACCGGACAUGCGACAACUGGCCAAAUCGUUGAUCCAGCGGUUCAAUGCCGACGUUAACCUGGUCGACGCCGAUGGUUUCACCGUCGUCCACAUCGCGGCCAUCCUGGGCAGACUGGACUACGUCACCUUGUUCUUGCCCUACCUGAAGAGCAACGUGAGGACCAUCAACGGCGAAACGGUGCGCAGCUGCCUGGAACAGUAUUGCGAUCCGUCCACUGUGACCCAAGAGGUCGAGAAUCUCCUGGCGGCGAUGGAAAGGAAGGGCGAACGCAAAGCCUUGCGCGUCUAUGCCGAACCGUACACAGUUUGGGAGUACGUCCACCAACUCGAUCGCUUCCGGGAUCUUUUGUCCCUUUACAUUGUCGACACUUUCUUCCGAUACCGAGGAGGCCGGUCCUUGUUUAGCGACUUUUUCCAUCACAUUAGUCACAGCACAGCCAUUAAACGAAGAGCCAGUGAUUUUUUGAACCGCAUUUCUCAAUGGAACGGAUCGUCCAAAGCGCUCCAGGACAUUAUUGACCAAUAUUCGGUUGUCAUUCACGAAGAUCCAACUUCGUUGCGAGAUCGGCCGGCGAAAAAUGCGGACGAACCGUCGCAAAUCGCCCGCGCCGUUCGGCAAACGGUUCAAAAACUAAUGGAGCAAGUGCGGAUCAAAGAUGCCCAGAGCACCAAAUUCGGAUGGGAAUUGGAUGUGCUGCCGGUGGGAAGCGCCGCGGACGGCAGUAAAAUCCUGCUACCCGAUGAAUACGAUUUCCUUGUCGUCUUUCGUCGUUUCCCGGCCAAAAACAAACUGAUGUUUGUCGGUGAAGAUUACGUCGCUCACGUCGAGCAAUUUCGACUCUUUUUGGUCCUUUGCAUGCAAGACAUGGAUGCGAAAUCACCUGACGAGCUUGGCUUCCAGUUUGUCGACUGCGAACUGCGCCGCGUUUGCCUCAACAUCCGGAUGACGUGGUGGGGUUCGUCCCGCAACAGCCCCUUCCGUGGCUUGGCCAUCAGCGUCGAUUUGACGCCCGUUUUCCAUUUCAUCGGAUGGGAAAAUCAAAGCGGAUUCCGACCCCUACGUCCCCUGGAGUCGUUGCCAGAUUGGUUUCAACGCGACCAAAUUGUCGAACAUUUUCGUCCGCUACACAAUUGCGUCACAGUUCCACCGUGCGCUGCCACGAUGGAGGCCCGUUGCCUAAGUCAUUCGUCUCACCGGCUCUUCCAGUAUUGCCUGCGACUCUUGAAACUUAUUGUCCAAAGCGAUUACAUCGUCCAGGAUGCAGCCACACCGAAUUCGCAUUUCCUGAAAUUGACGCUUCUCAAUUACAUUCAAGAGCAAGGCCCGCCCGUACAAUUUCACGAUGUGGCACGCUAUGUGGCCGGAAUCUGCCGGAAGCUGAGAGAAACCGACUGGCGUUGGGAAAUUGGCUAUUUUGUCGCCGAUGCCAGAAUGGCUUCUCCCGUCAUUUCUCUCAAAGUUGAACUCUUGUCUGUUUUGAAUCGGGCCCACUGUUCUCCAUUCUCAUUUCAUGAUUGCCCUUUGCUCUAGCUCAUCCCCCGCCAAUCACUGUUUACAGUUCGACGGAUAAUUUGUUUUGUACGCUUGUCCCCUCUUCUUAUUUCUUCUGUCUUGUGGUAGUAUUUAUUUGGGUCUUUUUUAUAUAACUAUCUCUCUGACAUGUAUCGUCUUUCCAUUUCGAAAUCUAUUCGUUUCUAUAGUGCAAUUGCCGAAGCCAAAAUCCAAUUUACUGAUUAGUUAACCAGUUUUAUCCGGAUAAAACUCGUAAGCUAUCUGUCCAGUUUACUCUUUCGUCCUAAAAAGAUCACGCGCCGUUUAGAUUCAAAGUUGACAGCAACGCAAACUGCAAAUAAAGCUCUUGCUUUAUUCGGCCAUUAUCAACAUGGGCUAGUUCCUCUUUCUUGUGGCUUAACAUCAUCUAAUACAAAUACAACAAAUGCUUACAGAUAAA